UUGACUCAAAGUCCCACAAGUACUACACUUUUCUUGGUACAAUCAACCUGUUUGGAUAUUAAACCACCUGACAGAUUCCGUCAUCCCACGGUGGUUAACCGCCGUAUCUCCGCCCUCAAUCUUACAACACAAUGCCGAUGUACAUACACUUCACCCACCUUCCCACGUGUCAUUAAUCUUUUAAAAACAUCUGGAUCUCACCCAUUUUCUUUACACUUCAUUUUGUACCCAUCUGAAACAUGAAUUUUGUUGAGUUCUUUUGGGGUUAAUCGAUUGUAAUUUUUGGGUGUUGAUGGGAUCGAGCACCAGUAAAUCGGUUGACCCUGAAGCGGUGGUGGGUCGCCGGAGUUUUUCAAGAAAUGUGUUGCAAACGACGUCGUGUAUUGGACAGGCAUCUGGAUGUUCUGAUAGCAGUGAUAAUGAUGAUGACGUGGAUAUUGUUGAUGAACAGGUAUCUAAUCAUCCCCCUAAAGAAAACGGUAUCGUCGACAAUCAUUCCAACACGAGUUCAUCAAACUCGAAAGGUAGAUUAUACCGAAACAAACAUGUCAAAACGAAACGGGCUGAUAAACAGGCCCACAUACCUUCCGAAACACAUUUUGGCGAAUGGGGUGAAUCAAGCCUGAGCGGUACCGUUUCAAGAAACGGGAGUGGUUCUUCUCGCAACCCUUCACGCCGGUUUCUUUCUCAUUUUAGUUUCUUUUCCGGUAAUCUAAGCUCAUGUUCGUCAAGGGCGUGUAUGGAUUCUUCUACAAGUUCCAUAAUAUCGAAUGAUGAGAACGUUCGUUCCAGUCGUUUCAGCAAUAAAACUAGAACCCGUCAAGGUUGUGAGAUUUUUCCGUCAUGUUUCAUGCCGUCAUCUCCUGGACCACAAGAUGUCGAUUCCGGUUCCGAUUCCGGUUCUGAUAAUAGUGAUUUAAGUUCUAUCCAUGGGUUGGAUCGAAACGAUAAUAAUUACAAUGGAAUGGAAUCUAAUCAACGAUAUGGUGGUAAUAGGCGAAUGGAAGCCCGGGAGCCUAUCGAACAGAAUGUUCGGUUUAGUAGAACUUUAAGUGUCGGAAGACUUCGCGAUAGAGUUCUUAAUAGACCAACAAAUUCUGAAUUAGCAUCUCUCCCGUUGCAAUCGGAACAUGAAAUGGGUGAAAUGGGAUCACGUGUGUCUAAUGAGAAUGUGACGGGAACCGCAACUUCUAGUUAUUCUUCGUCCACCGAGGCUAGUUCAUUGUACGGGAAUCGCGAUUUGGAAGUUGAUUACGUGGGUGCUAGAGAAGCGAGUUAUCCGAACCUUUUGGAACAUAGGGCAAACUUUCUUGAAAGAAGAAGAAGAAUAAGAUCACAGGUACAUGCAUUGCAGAGGAUGGGAAGUCGUUUCGAGAAUCUAUCAGGUCACGAGAGAUCUUGCAUAUUAUCUGGUCAGCAUCGAACGGGUCAUUGCACAUGUCGUCUCAAUAAUCAAGACCCAAAUAAUGCUAGGGGUAGCAUAUCAAGAAUUGUAUUAUUAGCCGAAGCUCUCUCUGAGGUUCUGGAUGAAAUUCACCAGCAAUCUGUAUUUUCUUCGUCCCGACACACAUUGUCUUCAAUUGGAUCCGUUCCUGCUCCGACUGAAGUCGUGGAAUCACUUCCUGUUAAACUUUACCGCAAGUUGUCAAAACAUUUAAACGAAGAAGAUGCACAAUGUUACAUUUGCCUUGUUGAAUAUGAGGAUGGAGAUGAAGUUAGGGUUCUCCCUUGCCAUCACGAGUUUCAUAGAUUAUGCAUCGACAAAUGGCUCAAGGAAAUUCACAGGAUUUGCCCAUUAUGUCGUGGCGACGUAUGCAAAACCAGUUCGUUGCCUGCUGAGGGUUUACAGUAAUAAGUACCUCUUUCUCUCGUGGACCCACAGAUGCUGCACCCUACAACAGGGUGUGACCGAAAGUCAAAAUCUCAACCGUUAGCGUUGUGAUCACUCUCGGGGAGUUUUUACCAGGUAAUUGAUUUGUGGUUGAGUUUCUUGACUUAAACGUGUUGUAGAAAAGGAUAGAACUUUUUGUGUCGGGCAUUUUGCUGCCGGCAUUCUUGUAAGAAUAAAAGAAAAGCUUUGUUUUGGCUUCUUUCUUAGAGGCUUUAAUGAAUGUAUUAUGUUGAUCGUAUUCUUUGAAGCUUCAGUGUCAACCUAUAACUUUC